GACGCAAACGUGUUAUGACAAAACGUUCCGAUACAGCUUUUUUAAAAUAAUUUCCGGACUUAUACUGCUAAUUCGAUUCUUUACCAGUGGUAGGCCAAUGUGUUUGACUUUGGAGUGGUUAUAAGAGUGGAAAAGAUGGAGAAUUACGAGAAAAUCCGCACAGUUGGACGCGGUGCUCAUGGAACGGUGUACCUUUGUCGUCGAAAGGUUGACAACUACCUCGUGAUAAUAAAACAAAUUCCUGUUGACGAAAUGACUAAAGAAGAGCGUCAAUCGGCCCUUAAUGAAGUAAUUGUGCUCUCCAGGUUCAAGCAUCCGAAUAUUAUUCGUUAUUUUGAUAGUUUUGUGGAGGAUAAAGCGUUGAUGAUCGCCAUGGAGUACGCGCAAGGUGGAACCAUCUUCGACUACUUACAACAACGAGGAGGAAAACUUUUGGACGAAGAUGAAAUCCUCCGCCUCUUUGUGCAGAUUUUAAUAGCAUUAGAACACGUCCAUAGGGAAAAUAUUCUCCACAGAGAUCUUAAGACACAAAAUAUAUUGUUGAAUAAAAAACGGAAAGUUGUUAAGAUAGUCGACUUUGGAAUUUCAAAAAUUUUGAGCAGUAAGAGCAAAGCAAACACAGUCAUUGGGUCGCCUUGUUAUAUAUCGCCUGAACUCUGUGAAGGAAAGCCAUACAACCAAAAGAGUGAUAUAUGGGCAUUAGGCUGUGUGUUGUAUGAACUAACUACCUUGAAAAGAGCUUUUGAAGCUUCUAAUUUACCAGCUCUAGUCCUCAAGAUUAUAAGAGGGAACUUUGCUCCAAUUCCAGAGAGGUAUAGUCAAGAACUGCGUAAGUUGAUCCUGAGCAUGUUGGCCUUGGACCCUACUAAAAGACCUGGAAUACCAGAGAUUAUGGCCCAACCAGUUGUGGUUAAUGCUCUCUUUGACCUCCCUACGGAUGUUGGUAGGGUACCAUGUACUCGGAUACCCAGGGCACAUGCACUUGCAGGCAUCUCGGCUGCUAUCCCACCUUCUCGCUCCAAGUCUUCUGGUAGUAGUACUAAAGUUACUGCUCAAUUACCUCGUACAUCGUCCUCUAACUCGGCAAGUGCAAUCCUGGAGGGACUCCCAGACAACCUGGGCUCAUUUUCCUUAAAGCCCACAGAGCCCCAACAUGUUGUCUACCACUGGGGAGGAGGUAUCACCACUCCGACCAAGCUCCAGCUUCCACAGCAUGAUUCUGAUGUAACUCAGGUCUCAGCUGGCCGUACAAUGAAGACAGGAGUGACAGCAAAUGGGCGAAUGAUCCUAUGGGAAGCCAAUAAGAACAGCCUCGUAUCAUCAGAUAAUAACACUUGGAUCCCUAGAUUUCUUGCUGGUCAAUCAGGUGUAACUAUGGUACAAGUAUCCUGUGGUGAUCUCUUUGUUGCUUGUUUAACAGAUCGAGGUAUCUUGAUGACAUAUGGUAGUGGCAUGCAUGGCUGCCUUGGACAUGGCAAUUUUAACGACAUUAACCAAGCCAAGAUCGUCGAGGCGUUGCUAGGAUACGAAGUAGAACAAGUCUCGUGUGGUCCCUCUCAUAUCAUGGUCGUUACUGCUGAUAACGAGGUUUUCUCCUGGGGCCGUGGAGACAAUGGAAGGUUAGGUAUCGGUUCCUACGAACAGCAUUCAUCUCCUCAACUUGUGACCCUACCGGAAAAUUUCAGUGCUCGUUCGGUACACUGUGGCAUUGAUUGUUCGGUUCUUUUGACGUUGAAUAACAAACUUCUGGCAUGUGGAAGCAACAGAUGCAACAAACUUGCCCUUGAUCUAAAGGCCAGUCCUGUUGAGGAAUCGUUGACUUUUUCCCUUGUUGCUGCAUCGUUAACCAAUUUGACCAUAACUGCCGUUUCCAUGGGAACGUCGCAUACCGCAGUCCUAACCAAAGAUGGCAAGUGCUGCACCUUCGGGUCCAAUUCAUUCGGGCAACUCGGGUACGUAAGAGAAGGUAGUGCUCGCGUGCCACAGUUUGUGGAAAGUCUUCGUGACUACGUCGUCGUCCAGGUAGCAUGCGGAGACACGUUUACUGUUGCUGUGACCUCUGACAACGAGGUGUUUUCAUGGGGUAAGGGCGCGAGGGGCCGUCUUGGGAAUGGUUCUGAGGAAGACUGUAAUUUACCGAAACCCAUUUCCCUUCCGAGUAAAUUAAUAGUUCUAUCUGUUUCGUGUAGCCACAGUGGUAGUUUGCUAUGUGGAAAAUUUUCACUAGAAAACUAAGAAAACUGAAUUAGGUAGUUUUAACAUUUGUAAUUUCCUUGUCUGCUAACUGAAAAGCUGUCCCUGUCUGCAAAACCUAACACGCUUAAUUCCAAUUCGAUAUGUGAUUUAACCGUGCCUUCACUUAGAUCAGCCCAGAGGUUGUUUACUAGGUUUGAUCUGUGAGUUAGCCGUGCCUUUAUUUAGAUCAGCCCAGAGGUUGUUUUUUACAAGGUUUGAUCUGUGAG